UUGUAAAAUUUUUUGCACAUUAUGGCUGGUAAGAGGCAAGCUACCUCAGAUUUAAAUCACGACAACUGGGAUCGUGAGGACGAGCCUGAAGAACGUGGAACAUUCAAGACAGCCGAUGAGCAAGAAUUGAAAAAUCGUGUUAUCAAAAAAGCCGCCAGACGAAGAGUAGCCGGCACCACCGAUUCUGCUGAUUCGGGCACAAAGAGUGUUUUCAGCGGUUUCUCUGGUUUUGGUAAGCCGGCCGCUGCAGCUACCACAUCCUCUACGGGAGCCUCACCAUUUUCGUUUUUGUCCAAAAUAUCAUCGGCCACUCCCGCUUCGUCGUCCAGUAGUACUGCAACAAGUGAGGCGACCAAGCCAGCUGCAACCACGUUCUCGUUUGGAUCAUCAGCUACAACGACAACAACAACAGAUAGUGCCAAAGAAGAUAAAAGUGACGCAAAAACCACGGAGAAAUCAUCCGAUGAAUACUAUGCCAAAUUGAAAGGACUUAAUCAGGCAGUCAGCGAAUGGAUUAAAACUCAUGUGGAUAAAAAUCCCCUGUGUAUAUUGACUCCAAUUUUUAAAGACUACGAAAAAUAUUUGGCUGAAAUCGAAGAAGAAAAGAAAAAGGGAGGAGAUAAAAGUUCCAGUUCAUCUACAACCAGUGAUGAAAAGAAAACGUCAUCGACGGCAGGUAUUGGAACUUUCAAGUUUUCCGAAACUUCCACGGCCAAAAGUUCUACUGCCACAACAACACCCUUAUUUUCCUUUUCAUCCAGUGCCACAACGACCUCAACUGCUGGGGAUACAGCGGCCACAAAGACUAAUGGUUUCAGUUUUGGCUUGAAGAAACCAGAGGAUACCACAGAUGCUAAGACCACCACCCCAGCAGCAACAACUGGUUUCUCGUUUGGUCUUAAAGCCAGUACCACAUCCUCAUCAUCCACCACAACUACCUCAACGACAGCUGCUGCACCUUCGUUUACAUUCGGUAAACCAGCCUCAGCAUCAGAUAGUGGUGAUGCAGCACCCAAACCAUUUUCAUUUACCCCUGGCGGUACUCCAUUCAGUUUUGGCAACAUCAAGCCCCCAGAAGCGGCUGCGCCAUCGAAGACUGAAAACGACGAAGAAGACGAAGAGCCACCUAAAAACGAGUUCAAACAGGUCGUUGAAGAAGAUGCCGUGUACUCGAAGAAAUGUAAAGUUUUCGUUAAGAAAGAUGGCAAUUUCGCCGACAAAGGUGUUGGCACACUCUAUCUAAAGCCCAUCGAGUCAAGUGAGAAGACCCAAUUGAUUGUGCGGGCCGACACAAAUCUGGGCAAUAUUUUGGUCAAUUUGAUACUUAGUUCUGCCAUUCCGGCCCAACGUAUGGGCAAGAAUAAUGUUAUGAUGGUCUGUAUACCUACGCCAGAGGUUGAGAAGCCAACACCAAUGCUGUUGCGUGUCAAGACCGGCGAAGAAGCCGAUGAACUAUUGGCCACUAUUGAAAAAUAUAAAAAAUAA